CCAACGCGAUUCGACGAUCUCUCCCUCUCCUCCUUCCCUCGUUUCCUCGACUCCCCUCACCCAAUCCUCGAUGCGGUGGACUAUUCCCAGGUCCCCCUAAGUCGCAGAAACCCCUACGGCAGUUCCGUCUCCAUCUACAAUGACACGAAACACUUCAAGCCUCGCCCUCCCUCGGCCGCCACCCUCGCCCUCGAGAGCGGAGAGGGGGCUCCCGAGGAUCUUGAGGCCGGCGGCGACGGCAAGAAAAGGAGUGGUGGACGUGGCGGUGGGCAAUCUACCAAGCCGGCUGAGGCGGCUACUAUUGCUGGGUUGACACCGCUCACCGAAGGGGACGUAAUGGGCUUGCAUAGACAGGUGCUGCAGACGAGGCGAGUGGUGCGUCAGUCUGGCAAGGGAAAGAUUCAGAGUAUGGCAGCUCUCAUUGUUGUAGGCGAUGGGAGGGGGAUGGUGGGCUUUGGACAGGGGAAGGCGGCUAAUGCUGCUACGGCUGUUAAGAAGGCGUUUAGGGAUGCAGUGGGAGCCAUGGACUUUGUGGAGCGUUUCGAAGGGAGGACUAUUCAGCGUAGCGUGGUGGGGGAGUGGGGUGCGACGAAGGUGCAUCUGAGGCCCAGGCCGCCUGGCUUUGGUCUGCGUUGCCCUCCCUCGGUGCACGUCCUCGCCUCGUCGUGCGGUAUCUCCGACCUGUCGGCCUCGAUCACCGGCUCCACCAACCCACUCAACGUCUGCCGUGCAGUCGCCUCUGCUCUUUGCGGUGGAGCCAACCCGGUGGGGCUAGGCGACGGGUUGGGGGGAAGUGCGAGGAGGAGCGAUCUGGGACAAGGGGCCAAGACGAUUCGGGAUUUGGAGGUCGAGAGGGGCAGGCGAUUGAGGGAGGUAAGGGUGUGA